GUGUGUUGAACAAUGCAAUGGAAUAUGGACGAGUGCUCCAUGACUACCUAGGUACCUAGGUAGCGUCGUUGUUGUAAUCAAUGGGCGAUAACAACGAGGACCUUGGAAGUCACCGAUUCAUGACACUGAAUGCGCUCGUACCAGUACACCCACCCACACCCACACACCCAUCCGCCCUGCUUCUUCUUUGUUCUAUGUAUACUUCCCAUUAAUUUUUGUCUUGGACCGAACAAUUUCCCUCUCUUCUCCUCUCUUCAUAUUUGUGAACCAUUCCUUCCCAGCAUUGGAUUAUCUCGAUUGCCGGGUUUCGAGGUCUUCCAGCCCGUCGAGUACAACUAUCAAUUGCUUUCGUUGACACGAACGAGCGCUGCAUCACCCCGCGGUUUCCACGUACCACAGAGGCACACACGCGCGCCCACACAGAGACAGACACCACACACGAAAUUCACUUCAGGACCCUUCUGUCCGAGACUGAACAUCGUCGGUCCGGCGCGAUCACAGUCCCACUCGCUUGUGUGAGUGAGACAAAGGUGGGAUAACGGCGUCCGGCGGUCAUCAUCCCGCAGCGUCCCAGGCCCUUCGUGUCUUGGAAUAAAUUAUAUUCUGCCACGGGUUAUUCGCAGUCGAUCAAACUCAACAAUUUUUGGUAACAUCUUUCCCACCAUGACUAGCCUUAAGGUAUGCCUGCUAUCCCUUGUGCUGCGAUUCUGAUUUCUCCGUGCUGCUCGCGCUGCUUUGAAAUCUGACUGGCUUCCAAAGGACUCA